AUGGAUCCCGCCACACAGUCUGUCGCUCUCAGCGCCAUCUACAGCCCUUCAUUCCCGAUGCUCAUGCCGGUACCCAAUCUGAUGAUCUUCUACCUGGCUUAUACGACCCUUGCGCCCCACUUUGCCUCAGUACGGCAACGGUCGUAUCUGUUGUCUGCAAUCACGUCUGGCGCGAUGACUGUGGCAUCUCUUCCUUUUGCAUGGAACUAUAUGCGAUGGGGAUUGGAAGUCACUUAUCAAAAGGGGAAAGAGGGGUGGAUGGGCGCUUUGGCCAGGGCUGGAGUCGUAUUCUUUGGGACCUAUCUUGUUGCAGAUCUUUCCAUCGGCUACUUCACGUACAGAAACCAGAUAGGACUGCUCACAGGUUGGGUUCAUCACACCGUUUACAUCGGUCUGAUGGUAUAUCUGCUGAACAGUGAACAUUCGGCCAUAUUUAUGGCUGGCUGUGUGAUGGAGCUCCCCACCUUCGACCUCGCCAUGUCCAACCUUUUCCCCAAGUCCAGAGACGAUCUCCGAUUCCUGGUCUCCUUCUUUGUCUUCCGCAUAGCUUACCACGGCACUCUCCUCGUCGACUGUCUUCUUCCGUCGUCGAGAGAGUCUAUCUUGGACGGUUCUUGGGUGCCAACCGUCACAUUGUCUCUUGCCUUGGCGCUUCAUGCCUUGUGGUUCAAAGGCGGCGUGACUGGCUACUUGAAAAGAAAACGUGAAAUUGUGAAGGCGACAGCCGAUACCGACAUGAUCAGAGCGGCAGCAGACAUGAAGGAGACAGUGCAAGCGUUAGCAGAGGCUGGCUCUGACAGGCCUGAAUCGCCUGAAUCGCCGGAUGACACACCUCUGCUCACACCUCGCACACCAUCACAAAUACCCAACAUCUUUUCAACAAUCCCUCACUUGUUGCUUCCCGAUCCUACUAUCCCUGCCCUGCCUGAUACGGUUUUCUCUGCUAUCCCUGGCAUUUCUACACAUUCUCUUGCCAAGACAAGGGCUACGUUAAACAACAGAAAAGAGACAGGGCUGGAAAUCGAGGGCGCCGUUCAUAUUUAUGGAUGGAGUGAGCAAAAUAGGGGGAUCCAAGGUACAGAGGGCUUAGACCGGGGUGAUCUGAAAGUAUAAACACAGCUGGGGGCCGACAUGGAGACUUGAU